CAUCGAAAGACAACGUGGAAGACAUUUUYCAACAAUUUGGCGUACAUUUAUUUAACAAAUAUACAGAUUUAGCCAUGUCCUUUGUCGAKGUUCAUCCCGAGAGCCAUUUUCCAAUCCAAAAUCUUCCUUACGGAGUGUUUUCCACCAACGACAAUUCCAAGCAUCGAAUUGGUGUAGCUAUUGGAGAUUAUGUGUUAGAUCUAAGUCAAGUUGCUCAUCUCUUUAAUGGUGAGAUCUUGAAACACCAUCAAGAUGUAUUCAAUGAGACAACACUGAACUCCUUUAUGGGGCUUGGCUGUGAUGCUUGGAAAGAAGCCAGAUCAACAUUGCAAAGAAUUCUCUCCAAAGAUGAGGCUGUAUUACGUGAUAAUGCAGAUUUACGUUCUAAAUGUCUUAUUCCACAAAAUAAGGUUACAAUGCAUUUGCCAGCAAAUAUUGGUGAUUAUACAGACUUCUACUCAUCCAUUAGCCAUGCUACCAAUGUUGGUACUAUGUUUAGAGGCAAGGACAAUGCUCUUAUGCCAAACUGGAAACAUCUUCCAGUAGGUUACCAUGGUCGAUCAUCUUCUGUGGUGGUUUCAGGGACACCUGUUAGAAGACCAUCAGGACAAACACGUGCUGAUGACACAAAGCCUCCAGUUUUUGGACCUUGCAAAUUGUUGGACUUUGAAAUGGAAAUGGCUUUUUUUGUUGGCAAAGGAAAUAACUUGGGUGAACCAAUUUCAAUAGAUAAGGCUCAUGAGCAUAUAUUUGGACUUGUGCUAAUGAAUGACUGGAGUGCUCGUGAUAUUCAGAAGUGGGAAUAUGUACCUCUGGGUCCUUUCCUUGGUAAAAACUUCAGCACAACCAUUUCACCAUGGAUUGUCACAAUGGAAGCUCUUAAACCUUUUGCUCUACCAAAUCCUGUCCAGGAUCCCACACCUCUGCCAUACCUUCAGCACAAGGAUAACUACACAUUUGAUGUCAAUUUGGAAGUUGCCAUUAACUGUGAAGGACUAUCCAAACCAGCUGUGAUAUGUAAAACAAACUUGAAGAACAUGUACUGGACCCAAAAGCAGCAACUUGUCCACCAUACGGUCACGGGAUGUAACACAAGACCAGGAGACCUCAUGGGAUCUGGUACUAUCAGUGGCGAGGCCACAGAUUCGUUUGGRUCAAUGCUUGAGCUUUGCUGGAAAGGCACCAAGCCCAUUGACAUUGGUGACGGGAUGACUAGYAAGUUUCUCCAAGAUGGCGACGAAGURAUUAUGAGUGGUUUCGCUCAAGGAGAUGGCUAUCGAGUUGGGUUUGGUAGUGCUACWGGCAAAGUCCUACCACCUUACAAUUUUUGAAUCGUUUCGACGAAACAAAACCAAGUUUUGAUUAGGGGCAUGUUUAUAAUUUUCUAUCACACAAAUGAUGUAAACAAUACUGGAAAAAUUAGACAAUCGUGUGUUAUUAUUAAUCASGAGUUUUUACCUAAUGUAUUGAUCCUUAAAGGAUCACGGAAGACUGUUUGUGGGCGUUGUGUACGACUGUAAGUGACCUAAUGAAAUAUUAAAAAUCAUUUAUAAACGG